GUCCCAUCACCGUGUCCCAUCCCGGUGGUGACAUCUCCCAAUCCUCUGUGGAGACAUCCCGUGUCCCGCUGCUGGCUGCGGGAGUGCCCGGGUGACGGUGACGGUGACAGUGACCCAGCCCUGCCCUGCCCUGAUGAUUCACCGUGCCCACACACCGUCCUCCCGUGUCUCCAGUCUCUCCCUUUCUCCAGUUUCCAGCUCCUUUCCCCAUCCCAGUUAUCCUUCCCCAUCCCACUGGCUGAACUGAAGAAUCCAAGACCCGGGAUUUGGUGUCGGGUGGAGCUUUCAUUAUCCCAUCAGGAUUCAUCCCCUCCUUUCUUGCUGAAUUCCAGGGACACCGCCCAGGCGUCCCCUGCCCCGGUUAAACCCGGGAUAAUUCCCGCAGCCGAGGAUCCCGUCCCGGAGCCGCGGGGAUGCCCCAGCGGCGGGCAGUGCCCACGCUGACCACGCUGUGCCUGCAGAACCUGGCCCAGCACAUGCAAAGCCUCUGGGCCAAGGACUACAGUGACAACUACCUGGACGAGUACGAAUUCCGCUUCCUCGUGGGCCCCUUCAACGACCUGGCCUGCGGGCUGGUGCAGGAGCUGCUGCAGCUGCUGGGGACGAGCCGGCGGCUGUCACGUGCAGCACUGCACCUGCUGCUGCUGCCACACCUGCGCCAGCUCAGCCUGCGGCCCUGCCCCGCGCUCGCCAACAACGCCCUGGGCCACCUCAUCGUGCUGCGCUGCCAGGGCCUGAGCGUGCUGGACCUGGGGGGCUGCGGGCGGCUCUCGCCCUCCGUGCUGGUGGACCUGGCCGAGGGGCUGCCCCGCCUGAGCCGCCUGGGGCUGGCCCACACCCAGGCCAACGUCCAGGUGCUCUCGGCCGUGGGCUCCUGCUGCCGGCAGCUGCGGGAGCUCGACGUCACCGGCUGCAAGAAGGUGACAGCGCGCGCCCUGCGGCACCUGGGCUACGACCCCCUGGCACGGACCCCGAGCUGCCCCGCGCUCCGCGUCCUGCUGGCCCGGGACCUGGAGCACACCGAGGAUGGGGACAUGGUGGCUGCUGUGGCCUUCCUGCUGCUGGCCCUGCCGUGCCUGGAGGUGCUGGCACACGGCGCCCUGCCGGAUGCGCUCCGGCUGCUCCACUCGCGGCAGCUGGACGGCACUGAGGACUCCGAGGGCUUCCCCUCGCUGAAGGAGCUGCUGCGGGGCCAGGGGGCUCCAGCAGAGGGACCCCCACUCACGCUGUCCCUGCGGCAGCUGGAGGAGGUGGAGGAGGAUGUCCUGGACACUGUCCACGCCGUGUGUCCCCGGGCCGAGGAGGUCAGCGUGUGGCUGGGGGACAGUUCCGGCCCCUCCGGGCUCCGGGAGCUGCCGGGCUGGACGCGCCUGUCCCGGGUGACGCUGGGCUGCUCCGGGCGGCACGGCCGGGCGCUGGCAGAGGUGCUGCCCCUGGCACAGGGCCUGGGCACCCGCCUGCACACCCUGACCCUGCACGGCUUCAGCUGCCGGGACCCUCUCUCGCUGCCCGCCCUGCUCGCCAGCUGCCCCGGCCUGCAGAGCUUCAGCGCCGAGCUGGAGGUUCCACCAGACCCCCGCACCCACGACGAGCCCACCGAGGAACCCCCUACCCCACCACCACGCUGGGCCACCGACCUGCUGCCCCGCGGGCUGCCCCGGCUCCAGAGCUUCUCGCUGAGCCUGGCCGGGCCCGUGCCGGCCGCGCACCGGCCGGUGCUGAGCUCCACGCUGGCCUCGCUGCUGUGCGGGGCCCCGCAGCUGCAGACGCUGCGCCUGCUGGCCGUGCCCUUCCCGCUGGACUCGGUGCUGGAGCCGGCGCUGGCGGGGCCGGCGCUGCGGGAGCUGCGGGAGCUGUCGCUGGCCGACAGCCGCGUCGCCGCCGGCACCGUGUGGCUACUGCUGGGCUCCGACGGGCCCCUGCGGCGCCUGGACCUGUCCCGCUGCCCCGACAUCCACCGGCGCGACUAUGACAGCUUCCUGCAAGCCGUCAGGAAGCAGCGGCUCGACCUGGACAUCACCUGGGAGUAGCGGCGCGUGUGGCGCCGGGGUUUUUAAUAAAAGUGUCGCAGU